AUGAGUUCACAUAUUAAUGAUGUUCUAAGAAAUGAAACAAUAUACUAUCGUAAAUCUCAUCUUCUUAAAAAUAUUAAUAAUUAAUAGAACAAGUUAUUUAAAAGAGAGUUGAUUUAAGAUAGUUUUAAAUGAACCAACCUAUCCAAUCAAUUGUUUAAUAAAAAGAAGAAUGUCUUAAUUCCUUAUACACAUGAAAGAAACAGUUUAGGUCUAUUAAUUAAAAAGUCUGAUUUAUCAUCUAAUAGAGAAAUCACUAAUAAAUAAUUUGUAAAAUUACCAAGUAAUCAAAAGCUUUAUACUUUCAUAAAGAGUGAACCUCAUAAUUCCAAGCAAUCCUAUGAACAAAAGAAUAAAACUUAAUCAACUGCAGAUUUAUUUUAUUCUUUCUUUACAUUUAACAAGUAUAAUCCAAAUAUCUUACUUAAGUCCAAAAACAGCAAACCAUUUAGUUUUAGAAAAUCAUUUUAUAAAAAAUAACUUUGA